UACGGAAGUCGCUCAGAACUUGUCAACAAGAAAGGCCGACUGACAUGGUGAAGUCUUCCUGAACAAAACCUGCUAAGAUGGCGCCUCUCUGACAUUUUCUUUUUACCCUUUUUUUAGUCUUCAGUUCUUUUUAUAAUUUCCAACUUUUUAGAGGAGAAGCAUUACCACAAUGACAGUCACUUACAACAUCUGUGCCCUCCUGGUUUUCACCAUAAUAGCAUGCAGCCGUUUUGAGUCUGCCCUCGCCUCUGCCCACUGUGGGCAUUCCCUUCAAGUCUUAGACAGCAAAGUGGGAGAGAUCAGGAGUUCUGCUUACCACAGCUGGUCCUACCGCUUCGGCUCGACCUAUGACUGCUGGGUCAUCAAGGGUUUGGAAGGAGAACCCGUCGUUCUCAGCUUUUCACAGUUUUCAGCACGCUGUAGGAAGGAAUGGGUGUCUAUUAAAUCGUCAGCUGGCGGUGAGCCGGUUGUCCUUUGUGGCUCCAAGCUGCCACCGCCCAUGGAAUUCCCAGGGGGAAAUAUUACAGUGAUGCACCACUUCCUCCCACAUCUGUUCCCUGUGUCAUCGUUUCUGUUGAGCUAUGCCAGAGAUUCGGGUGAUUGCCCAGAGACGUCUUUUGAAUGCCUGGGGGGGCGUUGCCUUCCCCUGUCCUGGCGCUGUAAUGGCCAGGUGGAGUGUCUUGCUGAAGGUCCUGGCCUCGGCACCGAUGAACGGGACUGCAAUGCAGAUGUGGAAACCCCAGAACCCCCAAAACAUGGCAUCACACUGGCAGAAGAGACAGAAAGGGAAAUGUAUGCAGAGAAAAACUAUGACUCAGAGAGACAUAAGGCCGCAGAUAAAACACAGAGCCCAGAUAGGUCAGCUGAGAUAGAUACUGAGUCUGAUCUGUGGGAUCUGCUGAAGGAGAGGGAGGAGGAGGAGGCCCAGGUGGAUCAAGAGCAGCCACUGACUCAUAAGGAGCUAGCUGUGACACCCACUCCCAUUGAGUGGCCUUGUGGAGGCCUCCUCCAGACCUUUUACGGGACCUUCUCCCCUCCAGCCAUUCGGGGUCCUGCUCUGUACUGUGUCUGGACUCUGGACCCUCAGGAUUCCAGGCCACUCAGACUGGACCUGCAGCAGCUGGUGCUGGGGCCCGGUGAUAGACUCACCAUCUACAACAGAAAGGAAGGCAACGGAGACAUUAUAAAAAUUGUCACCAGCGCCUCCAAUUAUAAAUCAGUACAAGUGGAAUCUCAUACUGGCCUACUGUCGAUGACGUACGAGACACUUCUCGGCUCAGAGGGAAGUGGGUUCAACGCCACAUUCCACGUUGGGAGCUACUGCCCUCCAUGGGAAGGCCGGUGUGGGGGAGCAUCAGGAGGUUGCUUCACCCAGGAGCAACGCUGCGAUGGGAAAUGGGACUGUCCUGAGACGGGGAAAGAUGAGGAGGGAUGCAGAGGCUGCAGUCCGAACCAGUUUGCCUGUGGAGUGGCAGGACAGAGGGCAGUGGCAUCCAGCCACUUCGCUGGCAGGCCGGUGUGUUAUCCAGUCACAGAGAGAUGCAACUACCAGCUGUACUGCGCUGAUGGCAGCGACGAGAGGGACUGCACCGUGUGCCAGCCGGGGACCUUUCAUUGCGACAGUGACAGGUGUGUGUUUGAGAGCUGGCGCUGUGACGGCCAGGUGGACUGUAAGGACGGCACAGACGAGCUCAACUGCACCGUCAUCCUGCCCCGCAAGGUCAUCACCGCGGCAACGGUUGGCAGCCUGGUCUGUGGGCUCCUGCUGGUGAUCGCCAUGGGCUGCACCUGCAAACUGUACUCGCUCAGGACACGGGAAUACAGCCUGUUUGCUCCAAUCAGCCGUCAGGAAGCGGAGCUGAUCCAGCAGCAGGCUCCUCCGUCCUACGGACAGCUGAUUGCCCAGGGCAUCAUCCCCCCAGUGGAGGACUUCCCCACAGAAAACCCCAACGAGACCUCGUCACUUUCUCUGAGGGGAAUUCUCCAGCUCCUCCGUCAGGAUGCCGCCAGCUCCCCACAUCGCAGACGCAGACCCCGAUUUGUCCGCCGGGCUGUUCGCCGCAUGAGGAGGUGGGGUCUAAUCCCCAGACCUCCCUCCAGGCCGACUCAGGCAUCAAGCUCCAGCCAGCAGCAGUCAGACGCCGCUCCCUCCGGUCAGGAACCAGCUCACUCCACUCCCACGAGCUCCUCGUCGGCUGUGGAGGCGGUCAACCGGCCGGUGCCUCAGAAACUUGGCCUGUUGGCUCAGUCAGAGCAGCAUCAGCAGCAUCAGCAGCAGCACCAGCAGCAGGAAGUGUCGUCUCCGCCACCUGUCGCCUCCCCGCCUCCACCUCCGUACGCUCCCCCAGCUCCACCCCCGGCCACCCCACAGUCUCCUCCUGUCACCGUCCCCCCGAGCAGCCCCUCUCUGGCCUCCAUCUUCCACACGCUGGGCCUGAGUAUCUCCCUCUUCAGAGCCUCGCCCUCUUCCUCCUCGACCAACUCCAUGCCCCUCUCCGCCUCCCCUUCUUUCUCCUCGUCCUCUUCAGAUGACGAGGUGCUGCUUAUCCCCCUGUCCGAAGACAACACUUCAGAGGAUGAUGUGCCCAUGCUCACCUGAAUGAUUUCCUCACCCGCCCAGUAACCCACACCACCUCUUCUUUAUCUCCUUUACCUACUAAUAACUGAAACCCAGUCUUUCCACAUUUGUUUGAACUUCAGCACAGGAGUGGCCCACAGCGAGACUCACCCUCACUGUGCAAGUCUGGUGCCUUUUUGAAAUUGCUUUGAUUUGGAUUUGUUGACUUAUGGAAUCAAGUAUUUGACCAUUUCUAGAGACUUCCUAAAGAAAGUACACGGUUUAGACGAAAAGCAUGGCUGAUGUAUGUUGGAGAGUAAGUGUAGGUGAGUAUUGGUUGUGCACUUAAUUAAUGCUGGGCUGCACAUUGAAGGUAAACUUUUGCACAGAAGAAUCUUCCCUAUCCAGAUACUGAGGCAGGCUACUGUCAGAUUGAAUGAUUAGAGUUUUUAUGAUGGAAACUAUUGUGUUUGUAUGACUGCAACUGUGUGAAUGCAUUUGCAUUUUAGUCUUACAUAGACAGUGGAGUAUGUUUGUAGACGUGGAUUGUCCCGACAUACUCCUGCCACUUGCAUCCAGUCUCAUGUUAUAUCACAGAUAUUAUAGAAAAAAUAAUUUCCCCUAUUUAAGUGCCUUUUGAGGAGUUUUCUGUAGAUUGCUGGAGGUGAUUGAGAUGAUUCCUGAGAUUCCCACACUGCACACGUAACACACAGAGGCACGUUUCCCUUACAUCACAGCACGCAUCCACACGUCAGUGACUGUACUAUAAAACAUGAAAAGAGAUGCAUGUCUACUCUGCAAGCUGGCAAUAACUCUUUGGGUCCCCUGUUUUAGUGCACAAUAAUUGCAACAUAACCGCGUGUUUAAGUACACACACGUGUACACUUCCUAAGUGAAUGUAUGUAAUCUACAAAAAGCAAAUGUGUCAAAAGACAAUCUCUUUGGUGCCUGAUUUUAGGAUGUGUAUGUGUGUGUGUAUGUGUAUGUGUGUGUGUCUGAACAGGAAGAUGAGGUGCCCUAGUGGUGAAAGGGGCCCCGAAAUUACAAAAUAACCUCAACUUGAAUCUUCAGCCCUUGAGGGGAAGUGAUCGCAUUCUGUCACGUUUUGACACAACAGACUCGUGGUGUGCCAUUUGUAUUGUUGUACAUUUUAUGGUGUUUUUAUUUCAGCAAGUUACUUAUCCUUUUUCUCUUCAGUUGUUUUUUUUGUUUUUGCUUUGUUGAAUGUAUUAGGGUCAAUGUGGAGUAGCCAGAAGUUUUAAAUUUUGCAGUGUAAUGAGGUAAAUAAGAGAAAAAGUGAUUUUAUGAUUUAUUAGGGUCAACUUCACUGUAUAUAAGUAAAAAUGUGGCUCAGAUUAAACGAUUUGCACUUUUA